CCUAGAGGUUAUAAAAGGGCUAACUGGCUCCCUCUGCUGCCCAGUCGCGCCGCCAGCGGGCUGAGGGAAGGGAGUAGGUAACCGCCGGUGUGCAGGCAACCGAAGACUGAAGAGCGCGCUCCCGUUUCACUUCCCAGGUGUGUGAACCUGUAAAUUAAGUCUUCUAAGAUGAUCCGGUGUAUUUUAAUUGUAGGGAUUUUACUUCCCCAGUCUUUGGCCCAUCCAGGCUUUUAUACCUCAAUUGGUCAGAUGACUGACUUGAUCCAUACAGAGAAAGAUCUGGUGACUUCCCUGAAAGACUAUAUUAAGGCAGAAGAAGACAAAUUAGAACAAAUAAAAAAAUGGGCAGAGAAGUUAGAUCGGCUAACCAGCACAGCAACAAAAGAUCCAGAAGGAUUUGUUGGGCACCCUGUAAAUGCAUUCAAGUUAAUGAAACGUCUGAACACUGAGUGGAGUGAGUUGGAGAAUCUGGUCCUUAAGGAUAUGUCAGAUGGAGUAAAACACAAAUCUUUCCUAACAGUGGAGGACUGUUUUGAAUUGGGCAAAGUGGCCUAUACAGAAGCAGAUUAUUACCACACAGAACUGUGGAUGGAGCAAGCACUAAGGCAGCUGGAUGAAGGAGAGGCUUCUACCAUUGAUAAAGUCUCUGUUCUUGAUUAUUUGAGCUACGCGGUGUACCAGCAGGGGGACCUCGAUAAGGCACUUUUGCUCACAAAGAAGCUUCUUGAACUAGAUCCAGAACAUCAGAGAGCUAAUGGUAACUUAAAAUAUUUUGAAUAUAUAAUGGCUAAAGAGAAAGAUGCCAAUAAAUCUACUUCAGAUGACCAAUCUGAUCAGAAAACCACACCGAAGAAAAAAGGGGUUGCUGUGGAUUACCUGCCCGAGAGACAGAAGUAUGAAAUGCUGUGCCGUGGGGAGGGUAUCAAAAUGACUCCUCGGAGACAGAAAAAACUCUUUUGCCGCUACCAUGACGGGAACCGGAAUCCUAAAUUUAUUCUGGCUCCAGCCAAACAGGAGGAUGAGUGGGACAAGCCUCGUAUUAUUCGCUUCCAUGAUAUUAUUUCUGAUGCAGAAAUUGAAAUUGUCAAAGAUCUAGCAAAGCCAAGGCUGAGCCGAGCUACAGUACAUGACCCUGAGACUGGAAAAUUGACCACAGCACAGUACAGAGUAUCUAAGAGUGCUUGGCUCUCUGGCUACGAAAACCCUGUGGUGUCUCGAAUUAAUAUGAGAAUACAAGAUCUAACAGGAUUAGAUGUUUCUACAGCUGAGGAAUUACAGAAAGAUGAGCCAGAUGCUUUCAAAGAGCUGGGGACAGGAAAUAGAAUUGCUACAUGGCUGUUUUAUAUGAGUGAUGUGUCAGCAGGAGGAGCCACUGUUUUUCCUGAAGUAGGAGCUAGUGUUUGGCCCAAAAAGGGAACUGCUGUUUUCUGGUAUAAUCUGUUUGCCAGUGGAGAAGGUGAUUAUAGUACACGACAUGCAGCCUGUCCAGUGCUAGUUGGAAACAAAUGGGUAUCCAAUAAAUGGCUCCAUGAACGUGGACAAGAAUUUCGAAGACCAUGCACCUUGUCAGAAUUGGAAUGACCAACAGGCCUCUCCUCGUCUCCUGUUGUUCUCGAAUGUGUCUGAUACACACAUUUCCCAAUCUUAACUUUCAAGAGUUUACAAUUGACUAACACUCCAUGAUUGAUUCAGUUAUGAACCUCAUCCCACUUUCAUCUGUGGACAAGCACUAACUUUGUGGGUUUUGUUCUUUGAAAAGUAACACGAAAUCACCACACUGUACAUAUAAAACCUUAAAGUUCCAUUGGUAUCACAGAGGACAGAGCAAGGCAGAGUUAAAAAUUAGGAAUUUUUACAUUUGUUGUAUUUUAAAGAACUUUUUGGUUAGAUAAAAAAGUACACGUUAAGUAUCUGAUUAUAAUAUUUCACUACAUCUCAUUUAGUGGGUGGUAGGUUAGAAUGGGCCUUGUGAUUAAGGAAAAGAUGCCUUAUAGUAUGCACCUAGGUACUGUGUUUACCUGGUCUUCUAUUUUCUGGAUGGAUCUGCCGGAAGACUAGGGAUAAGCAAGGCCUGUAAUCUGGGUGCCAUACCAUGUUUGCCCCUAUAUACACUCUCUACGUUGAUUAUUUUCCUCCCAAGUCCUUUUUAAAGAAAGUACCCUGUAUUUUUACCAAUCCCCUUUUCUCUCAUAGCUCCUUUGUGGUGAAUUAAAAUUGUUUGAGGUAAAAUACUUUGAUUAAAAAAAUUUUUAACGAAGUCCUACAUAACACUGGGCCUUCUUGACUAAAAUGAUCAUCACUUAGUCUGUUUCUUUGUCCUUUUUCUUAAAUGACCGAUGAUUCUGUCCAUAAAAUUUAUUGUUUUUCUUAGUGCUAAUACCUUGCCUCUUAUUCCUGCUACAUCGGGGUGGUGAUACUGGCAUUCUGAUUAAAUAAAUAUUGUGCCUUAGGAGACUGGAAAUAUAAAAAUGUACAAGUCCUUUCAAUGAUGAGGUUAAUGGGUUUUUUUUAAAGGAAGGAAUCUUUUUCCUAAAAAGCCAAAAUGUUUGUUUUCAAUUCUGAAAUGUAUUGUGACAACAAUGACCUAUUUAUGAUCUUAAAUCUUUUUUUAAAAAUG